AUGCAGCUUUUUCAACGCUCGCUCAGAGGGAGGAGUUUUGCAAUGGCUAUGGAGGAAGAAAGCUUCUCCAAAGUUAUCCAGAUUGGAGACUUGUCUUCAGAUUACAUGAGUUUCUCCUUUGUGUCUGAACAAGAUAGAUUGAGCAAAAACAUGGAUUUGUUAAGCUUUCACUGUCUGAACAGAUCUGUUUAUCUGUCUUCAUCUUAUCCUUAUAACCAGAGAGCAAUUCCUCUAGACUUUGUGAGAAGAUUCUCCGAUAUCGAGCUUCUUGGUAAGAUGAAGAUAACUGCAAAGUGGGGAACCACUUGGGAAGUAGAGAUAUGCAAGGCCCAGGAUUCUUCUACAUGGACAAGCCUGGAUGGAACCGGUUUGUCAGGGACAACGGUUUGGGAGGCGGUGAUUUAA